AUGUCGUGGAUUUGCUGUACCCUGCUUUUGCUGAUGAGUUUUAACAUAUCAGUAUUAUCCUACCCUGGAUGGUACGAAAAUGCCCCCGUCCCUGGUUACUAUGGCAACGGGUACCCACCCAUAGUGGUGAAAUCGGACGACAGUUUAAAGAGCAUACUGCCGCUGAUCCUUCUCCUCCUCAUGGAUGGAGGUGGUCAAGGGUGUGGUUGUAAUUGUGAUGACGGACCCAUACCUAUGCCGUUUCCUAUACCAAUACCAAUUAACAGUCCUGUGAUUAUGUGA